AUGAAGAAAGUCAAACAAGGAGACUUUAAUUUUGCUUCAAGAGCUUAAAAAAUAGAUAAACUCGAGUUCCCAUAAUCUACUGAAGAACGCUUUAUUGUUAAGGCUAAUAAAGAUGUAUUUAUGACUGUUUUUUCAAUUUUAGGGAGUUGGAUUCUAAUGGAAAACUUAUGAUGAAAAAUUAUUAGGUAGAAACAUAGAUAAAUAAACUUUUGAUAAUACUGUGGCUGAAGCUACUCGUAUCUGUCGAAAUUUAUGGAGAGAAAAACAAAGAGAAGAACAUAAAGAUCCUACUAAAGCUUAUUAACCACUUCUCUAUGUUUCAGUUUUCUUGAUUCUUCUAGCUUUUGUAUUUCUUUUAGUCUUAAUAUAUGGAAAUAGAGAUAAAUUAGCAUUACUAUAUGUUGCAGUAGCUAUUCUAUGUUUAGCUGCAUGUAUUUUUUUAGUAUUAUUUAGUGCUUACUUUAAUUGUUGUUGCGAAGACUUGGAGUUUAGAACCUUAAUUUAUGGAUUUAGAAAAAGUAUAACUCAAUAAAGUGACUGAAUAUUUAAACAAUUAAAAUUCACAAAUUUAUCAAGCUAAAGGAUAUAAAUGGUAAGUCGAACCCAAUCUUUAUUGGAUUGAAUUAGUUUCCAUUUGAUUAAUUAUAAAAUAUAUGCUAG